AUGUCGAUGGUUUCCGACAUCAUGGCGAUGUUGAGCCGGGUGUCGUGGACCGCGCGCGUGGAAGAGGCCGCCCAGAAGACCAAGCGGGAGCUGUCCGAGCUUCAGUCGCUGAUUACUGCGGAGAAGGCCUUGGUUGAGGAACGGCGCAGUGCAAAUUGGCUAGACUAUCAACCCCACGCCUUCCACGCGGCUCUGGUGAUACUAGCGGCGUUCGGGAAGCGCCCGGAGUUCGAGCUUCUGUUGGCGGUGGCGCCGAGGGAGCUCCGGCUCUCGGAGUCCACCGGGCGGCCCUUGACCUACGACGAACACGCGGACACCUGCUCGCACGCCGUCUGUCGGAGACACGCCAAGGUUAUCGUGGAGAUGAGCAAGGGACUGGCGAGGGAAGAAGCCACGGUGGGGACGGCGGUGGACGCGGGCGAGGAGGGGGAGGAGGAAGAAGAAGAAGAGGGCGGUCGUCGCCGCUCGUUUUCUUCCGGAGAGGUUGGAUCCACCGCGGCGGUUACGGCCGACUCCGGAGAAGGCGGCGACGACAAUCACCCGAUGACGACGACGACGACGACGACGACACGAGGAGAGAGAAAGUCGGCGGCGGCCACCGCCGGAGCAGCUCCACCGAUGACACGGGCACCGCAGGGCGAGAGAAGCUCGGCCCUUGUUUUGCGGUCGCCGCCUCCCUCCCCGCCGGAGGAUCACCUUUCUUCUCCGCAAGACUGUCGCAUGCCGGACGCGGGGCCUGCUUCGGCGGCGCCGGUCGCCGCCGUCAUGCCCGCGGGUCGACCAGGUCUCGCCGAGCAGCAGCAGCACCCCUUUGCCGCCGUUUUGCCGGGGAGUGCGGCGGCGGGACCCCAGGAGGCAGAAGGAGCGGCGGCAGCGGCGGCGGCGGCGGAGGCGGGAGAGCGGCGGUGGGCGCAGGAGUACCUCCCUUGUUGGCCGACGCUACCACCGACCUCGGGGGGGGGGCUGUCCCCCAACGGCGCCGGUGGUGCGGCAACGAUGAUCGGUUCUCGUAACCCCGCGGUGCCCGCCUGCCAAGCAGAUGAUGGCGUAGCACCGCUUAGGGGGGGGGGCACCGGCGACCAGAACCCGCCGCCGUCAUCGUCGUCGCCGCUCCAAGUCCCGUCGUUCGGGCACCGCCAGGACAUGCGCCUGGGGGUGUUGUCCGCCGCGGCGACGGCUAUUACGGCCCCGGCCGCUCGCGGUGCGGCGGAGGUCAGGCGUGGUGGGGACCGAAGCGCUGGCGGCGCCAGCGCCAGCAGCCGCCUGCCCGUUGGAAGUAGGCCGAGCCAAGAGCAGUGUGGUGCCACGACUUCGACGUACAGCUUGUCCGCGUCCGGAGACGACCUGGGGUUGGUGGGAUUGGCGGCGGCGCGCCACGGGCAUGGCGACCCCGCCGCGCUCCAGGCUACCCUCGGGAACAGCAGCAGCAGCAGCAGCAGCAGCACCCCGCCUCAGGCUCCCGUAUUCUACGGCCCCCACCGUGCACAGCAGCAACUCGGCAUGCCCACGCCCGUUGCCGCGUCGCCUCAGCACGAGGCCGCGGCGCUGGCGAUGGCCAUGCAACAACAGCAGGUGUCGCCGGUGAGGGUCGCGGUCCCCGGAGGCGUCCGAGCAAUGCAGGCGGUCGCGCCCGCCGCUGGCACGCUCACGUCGCGACUCUGGGGCAUGCCGCCGCAGCAGCAGCAGCAGCCGGGGGCUCAAGCCAGCGGCAGCCCGUCCGCCCCCGCCAGCGGCGGCCAGUUUGUUCCCUCGCUUCCCGUCAGCGCGCUGGGAGCGCCCCGUCCUUGCGGCAGCGUAGGACUUGGUGCGCCCCCGUGGCAGUGGCAAGUCGGCGGCGGCGGCGGCGGCGGCGGCGGGGCCCCUUCGGCUGGCGAGCCGCGCCCUCCGCCCGCCGCUCCUCCCUCCGCGGCAUCAAGCGACCUGCAGCUCAUGAGCAACGAGAUGCUUCUCGAAGACGACGCCACCCCUGACAUGUCCCAGCGGUGUGCGCGACAAGGGUCACCGGCGGCGGCGGCUGCGGCGGCGGCAGCGGUGGCGGGUCCAGCCGUUGGAUUGGAGGCGCCUCCGGCGCCGCCCUUGCCGUUGCCGCGUGAGGGGCGGGCGGCGGCAACGACCGGCGGCCCGUCGGGGAUGACCGCGGGCGAGGCUUCUGCCGCCGCGAUCGCUCUGGCGACCCUCUCUGGUGGCCCUGCCACCCUCUCUAAGACUCCGAGCGCCGCCGCGGCGGCGGCGGUGGCUGUAGGCAGAGGCGCUACUGCGGCGGAAGGGGGGUGGUUUGUGGGGGAGGUCGGCGGCCGGGAAAGGAGAUCGUACGAGGAAGAAAUGAUUGCCUUGUGGGAGCUCAUAGCGACGGGUGACUCAGAGUAGUAAGAUGUUGGUCUUGUUCGUGGACAACAACACCGUGUUUGUGUUUCUCAGAAAUUGAGAGCGUUUGUUGACGUUAGAGCGCGUUUGCAGGAGGCGGCGUGAUCUUUGCGAUUUCAUGGCUCGCGUACGCGUAGUCUGAUGAGAUAUGUAUGUGCGCCGCGCGUGUGCGUCGCCUGGUAGGGGGGGUUAAUUUGGUGGGUGGGGCGAAAUACCAGAUUGAAAACACUUGUGCUUUUAAAACAUUUUUGCUGUGCGUGAGAGCUAUCACCGUUGUAUGUUUUUGUUUGGCGGGAGGGAUGAGUGCUAGUUUUUGCUUGUUUGUGGUGCUCUCCAUCCCGGGAUCGUACGUAUAAGCUGAUGCCAGCGGUUGACUUGUUUUUUCCCCUAUCUUUUCAGCCUGGGUUUGUCUGUAUGUGCUAAACAGGCGAGAUAUGCGCUUACCUUUGCCGAGGGGAACAGAGAGUCCGGGUGUGGCAAAGUAAGGCACCCGAAGUGCAUACAUACGUUGGUACCGCAAUGCGGCGUUUGGCUUGAUCGGGCUACUCAUCGGGGUAAUGCCAAGGCGCACGCAAACUGCUUGUGUGCUACCUGACGGCCGUUCUUUGCUGGUGCUGCGGUCUCCACAAAGAUGUGGUACCAAGCAUGGGGAGAAAUUUUGGGGCAGGUAUUUGUUCCAGGUUGUGACUGUAGAUGUUUUAAGCGACGACUGGCACGUCGGGCUGUUGUAGACGCCGGUGAUUUUUUUUGCAUGUCUGGUGACAACAAACUACCUACCAACGCCGGCAAUAGAUAGAUGCAAAAAAACGAAAAACGUCGAUUGCUGCGACUACAUCUGCUACUGUUUCCGAUUAGGCGGCAGUCGUUGGGUGUCGAAGACCCGACGCACGUUGCCGUAUUUCAUACCACACAAUUGCAUCAUCCGAGCCUUGCUCGGGUUGCAGUAUUUUUGUGUCCCUUUUGUAGAGCUUGUAGAUGAUCCCAAUUUGCGCUAGGUUUGUGUAUGCCGUAUCGGUUCAGGUACUAUGGAGUGCGAGGAUAGCUUCCUCGGGUUUAAUAUAUAUUUUUGGUGGUACUCCUUGUUAGGAUUUGUGAGAAACUCAGCUCACGAGUGAGUGGAGCAGCACUGAGCUCUCCUGUUCUUUUUGCUGUUCGUUCUGUCAGGCCUUGUCGUCUCCCUCCUCUGCUUGUUCUCUGUAGAUUCCCUAGUUCAUUGCGAGUGUUU